AUGGCUGCUUCAAAAGCCCCCGGCGCGCGUGGAGUUCGAGCAGUGCUCUUCUUGGUGUGGUUGUGCUUGGGAUGGUUCUCCCGCAUAUGCUGCACAUUCUCCACUGGGAUCAGCUGGAAGCGCCGACAAGGGAUAUUCCAGCUUGGGCUAGCCUCUGGCUUUUUGGACAUGAAAGAUGCCAAGGCCUCAAGGCUUGUGAAAGACAGGGGCGAGCUCGUUAUUGACCCGCAAACUGGUCAGUGUGUGCUACCACCAUGCCAGAAAGUUUGCAAGAAGGAGUGCUUAGCCAUCGUUGGAAUUGUGAAUGACAAGAACAUUGCGUACUGCGAGCGUCGCUGCGAGGACGACUGUGCCGCUGGAGAUGGCUUUGGUUCCACGGAGAGCUACAGUGAAGACAAUGAGCUCAUUGCAAGGGAUGCCGAAAAGUCUCCCGGGGAACGGUUCGCUGAGUGGGGUGUGGAGAUGAACGCUCAGAUGCUUGAUUCCUUCAUGAAGAUGCCAGGGGCAAAGCCAGGUCUGCAGCCCGACUCCCUUUCCGCGAUGGGCGACGACCUACCCCAGGCCGCGAAGACUGACUCGAAGCCAAUUUUCGAUGCUCGGGAUCUGUUCCGGAAGAAGUGA